UCACGUGAUAACCAGCUGAUACCCGACGCUUGUGCUCCGGCAUCUCAAACGGAGUCCAGCAGUGACCGAGUUGACAGUACAGUACUUCACCAUGGUGCGGCCCCAGCGACAUCUGCUGAGGCUGGUCCUCUUCCUCGUCCUCACCCGGUAUCAAUGUAGCGCUGACCCUCAGAGAUCACCUAAUGAAUUAAGUCUGUUUGUCACUCAACCCUUUGUGCCAGAGGAGGGGGAGUUAGUGCAGCACCAGACGACCCUUGGCAGCGUCACAGGACGCAAGGAACCCACCAUGGGGCUACAUCGCUCCAACACUCAUUACUACGCCUUCAGGGGAAUUCCCUACGCUAAGCCACCGGUGGGGAACCUGAGGCUGGAGGACCCCGUGGAGGUCAAAGGUGGUUGGCCUGGCGGUCACCUUAAUGCUUCUCAAUACCAGCCCGCCUGCCCUCAAUACAGCGUGAAGUUUAACCUUGUACUAGGCGAUGAAGACUGUCUGUACCUCAAUGUUUUCACUCCUAAACUGCCGGAAGCAGCAUCAGGAGGUGAAGGGCUGCCAGUGUUUGUUUACAUCCAUGGAGGAGGUUUUCUCAGAGGAUCUUCGUUGUGGCUCAGCGCCGCUCGUUUCACAGCUCACCAAGUUGUUUUCGUCACUAUCAACUAUCGGCUGGGUGCUUUAGGCUUCCUGAGUACUGGUGACAGGACGAUACCCGGCAACUACGGCUCACUGGACCAGAUCGCCGCACUACGCUGGGUCAACUCCCACAUCGCACAGUUCGGCGGUGACCCCAGCAAGGUGACUUUGGGCGGCUUCUCGGCUGGCUCAGCCAGUGCCCACCUCUUUAUGAUCUCUCCCAGAGCCAAAGGGUUGUUCCAGAAGGCAAUCCUGAUGAGCGGCACCGUCCACGGCUGUUGGUCCGUCAAGGACCAACCUCACAGGUACGCUACUCAACUGGCCAACAAGCUGGGCUGUCCUCUUACCUCCUCAACUCGUGUCAGGUCCUGCAUCUCUGCCAAACCUUACCAGGAGGUCAUCAGAGCCCAAGCGUCCAUGCUGAGGUACACGUUUUGGCCUCUGCCUUACACCAUCGUGAUUGACGCUGGUCUGAGGGAUGACCCAGUUCUACCAGCCCCCGUCAGGAGUCUCACACCCACUAUGCCCAUGCCCGUCCUUAUAAGCACAAUGCCACAUGAUGGACUCAAAUUCGCGCUCGAAAUCUUGACAUCAACAACGGAGCCGAGGAAUCCCGCAGUGUCGUAUGAGGAGGCGACACUACACCAUCAGCUCCUUAUGGUUCAACGUCCAACAUGCUGAACAUGUCGCUCACAUGGCAGAGACCUUAUAUUACUCUUCUCGAGCCCGAUACUCUCUUGACACAUUACUAGAAGAGAUGU